AUGCAGUCCGACGGCGAUAAAUACAUAGCUAAACGACCUGACCAACGUUUGCGUUACUCAAGAACUGAGGUUUUAGCGCGCUGCGAUUAUGGGAAGUCUAUAUUACCGCUGAAUAAGUCAUAUGAUGAAUUGGCGAAGUUUAUGGCUGGGGGUCGUGCAGCUCGAUCGAAACCUCAAAGAAAAAAGACUAGUCAUUCACAAUCAAGCGAUGGGGAGACACACAAAAAACAGGGAGUCAGUGGAGGGGAAGAUGUAAUUGCUCAAGAUGUUGAUCCUAACGCGAAUGGUUGGCAUCGUACAAAUCGUUUUGCUUGGCAUACACAAUCUGGUCAUUUCCCACACUAUCCUCAUCAACGGCAUCCUAGUGGACAAAUGGGCGAUACAGAGAUUGUAGCUACUGCUACUCAAGUUGAUGGUCUACUUCGUCCGUCUAAUGAAGUGAAACGAGGUGGAGGACAUGGAGAUUGGUCCCGUGGAUGUGCUGGUUGGCGUCAGCGGUCUUAUAGUGGUAGUGAGCAAUCAGAUGUCCGUCAAAAUCAUUCCAAUCACCGAGGUCGUGGAACUGGACAUUUAUCUAGUGAGUUUGAUGCAGGCGGUAGUGGACGUGGACGCAGUCGAGGCCGAGGUUCAGGACGUCAAAUACCACAAACACAUCGUGAAUCUCCUAAUCAAGCUCAAAAUUCAAAAAUCAAUACACAUCGACCUAUCAGUUGCUUAGCUGAUAUUGAUGUAACAAUAUCAGCUCAGACAAAGAAUACAAGAAUUUACUCCAGAUCAUUUUGUAUUGAUCCUCCGCCUGGAUUUGACAUUCCUGUUCAUGAAGCAUCUGUUACCGCAAGACAAUCAUCUACAAUAGCUUCACAUACUGAGGAACAUUGUACUACUGAUGUGAAUAACAGCGCUAAUAAAUCUGUAUGUAUUCAAAGCUCUUCUCUGUAUAAUGAUGAUGAUGGUGAUGAUGUCACCACAUCGCAUUGCUUGGAAGCUUUGACAAAAAAUCAGUCAACCCAUUCACGAUCUUGGUAUUAUGUGGAUUUAUCUAAGCAUGUUCAAGGUCCAUUUAGCGAUCAACAGAUGGCUGCUUGGUUUGCUACGGGAUGCUUAUCAUUAGGCGUGAAAAUACGUCGUGAUUAUGAUGAAUGCUUUCUAACGCUGGCUGAUCAUAUGAAUUUAGCUGGUCGUGUUCCAUUCUGGAUAGGCUACAAUCAACCUCCUAUUACACACGCAAAUUUAUUAUCUACUUUGAACAGUUGUAAUAUGUUGAAUAAUAAUCAAUUGGUGUCACUUCCACAAAUCGAAGGCAACCAGUUAGUUUCAUCUACAAGUAAGGCAACUUAUCCCACUCCAGUCAUUGAUGAGGAACAAACUCAAGACGGUACCAUGGAUGAUACAGUUGCGAGUAUUGUUGAAACUCAAAGACAAUCAGUUCACCAGCCUUCAUCUUCUGAAGACUUGUUAAUACCUGAAUCGUUUAAAAUCCAUGAAGAGUCAAAACCAUCACUACCACCACCACCCAUUGGGGUCAGUAAUCCUUCUCCAUUGAAGGGGAUUGAUAAUAAUUCCACCUUACGAGAUGUAUGUACAGAAGAUGAAACUUUUGCCUUGUAUACAUCUAAAAUGGAAGUGGAACGUAUAGCUUUAGCAAAUAAAUUAGCUGAAAUUAAUAAUACAACAGCUAGAUUAUUAUCAAAUCUUUGUUCAACACAAUUAAAUGCUAAUUUAACUGAAUCAUUAAUACAAACAACAAAUGCUGUGCAAAAUGAAUUAGCACGUUUAUUGAAACCAUCCAAGUGUAAAAAUGAUGAACAUGAAAGUUGUAUUAAUGACAAUAAGUUGACUAUUUUACCCAGUUAUAAAAAAUUAGAUACACCUUGUAUUCAUCAAAAAGAAAAUAAUGAAAUUAUCUCAUUGAAUACAACAGAAUAUUCAAAUGAUUUUCAAUCUUCACUCAACAAUGAUCAAUUGCAUAAUGAAUCUACUAAUGAUAAUAAUAAUAAUAAUAAUAAUAAUAAUAAUAAUAAUAAUAAUAAUAAUAAACUUCAAUGUACACAACAACAGUCAUCAUUAAUAAUCGAUGUGACAUCGAAUUCAAUACUAGAAGGAGAAAUGAAACAAAAGGAGUUGAUUGAAAAAAACAAUUCAACAAAUUUCACCGAUGAAUCUGGAAAUAUAAAGAAAAAUAAGCGUCGUAAUAAAAAAGCUAAUAAAAAAUUAACAACAGAACAAGAACGUCAAUUAGCCUGGGAAGCAGAAUUCAAUCGUCGUAAAGCUGCAGCAUUAGAAAAAAAAUUAACUCAAGAAGCAAUGUUAAGGCGACAAGCUGAAGAAGAAGCGUUGGCCAUAGCUGCUGAGAAGGCUUUAAUUCUUCAAGAACAAGCUCAUGUCUUAUCUGAACAACGAAAACGUGAAGCUUUACGCCUAAAAGCUGAUAAAGAAUUGAGUAGUUUAAAGCUGCCUCAAUCUGCACGAUGGGCUGGUGGAUGUAUGAAUGUUCAUGAUAAAUCUGCUGUAGAUUUACGAUCUAUUCAAGCUGCACAAGCUGCUGAAGAAGCUGUUGUAAUACCGAUCGGUAAGACAGGACAGAAAUCUAAUCCUCAUCUAUCGAAUACACAGUUAUCACAAUCGAAUUCUCUUGACACUAAUAUUCCAGUGAUAUCUUCAUCAACUGGUGUAAUAUCUAUGUCUAGCCCAAUCUCUGGUCAUUCUGUUGUAAACCCGCUAAAAGUGACGAUGAAUACAAGUGAUAAAUCGUCGUCGACAAUAUCAGCAAGAAAACCAUCAUCUGCUACAGUAACUUCAAUAUGGGAUCUACCUGUAUGUGAUAAACUUGACAGUACGAAUGUUAUGACUACAAAGAAAGCUAAUCCUAAGAAGAAGAAGAAAAAUCGUGAAGUUGCUUCAUUCAACGCUAAAGAAGAACUUGCACAUUGGUGUGAAUCCCAAUUAUCUUCUAUGCCAUUGUCUGGUGUUGAUUUGCCUACUCUAGUGGAUUUGUUAUGUGAACUUCAAGCUUCAGAUGAGAUUGUAGAAUUUCUGGAAAGUUCCUUGGAGAUUUUUUACAAAAGCGAGCGAAUCUUUACAAUACUGUCAUUGAAUAACAAAACAACUCGGGUUGUUUGUAUCAUUAUUGUUAUUAUUCCUGUCUUACAUCUACUGGCGCACAGUUCAUCAACUGCAAUGUAUUUACCAGUUUUGGUAGUACUCUCCUAA